UUCCGUGACCUUGUUGAAUAGAAGGCGAUUUUGUUUUUGUCACUGCUCAAGUUUUGACAUACAAGAUGAAGCAAGAUGCCACCAAAAAUGCUGCCUACACUGUGGAUUGUGAAGAUUAUGUUCAUGUGGUAGAAUUUAAUCCCUUUGAGAGUGGGGAUUCAGGAAACCUAAUUGCAUAUGGUGGCAAUAAUUAUGUGGUCAUUGGCACGUGUACAUUUCAGGAGGAAGCAGCAGAAACUGAAGGAAUUGAGUACAAAACUCUCCGAAAGUUUCACCAUGGAGUCCGAGUGGACGGCAUCGCCUGGAGCCCAGAGACUCGACUCGAUACAUUGCCUCCAGUCAUCAGAUUUUGUACUUCAGCAGCAGACAUGAGAAUCAGAUUGUUUACUUCAGAUCUUCAGGAUAAGAAUGAGUACAAGAUUUUAGAGGGCCAUUCAGAUUUUAUUAAUGGUUUGGUGUUUGAUCCCAAAGAAGGCCAAGAAAUUGCAAGUGUGAGUGAUGAUCAUACCUGCAGGAUUUGGGACUUGGAAGGAGUUCAAACAGCUCAUUUUGCUCUCCGUUCCCCUGGAAUGAGUGUAUGCUGGCACCCUGAAGAAACUUACAAGCUGAUGGUCGCAGAGAAGAGUGGAACAAUCCGAUUCUAUGAUCUUAUUGCCCAGCAGGCUAUUUUGUCUCUUGAAUCGGAACAGAUACCACUGAUGUCAGCACAUUGGUGCUUGAAAAACACCUUUAAAGUUGGGGCUGUUGCCGGGAAUGACUGGAUCAUUUGGGAUAUUACUCAGUCCAGUUAUCCUCAAGAGAAGAGACCUAUCCAUUUGGAUCGUGCUUACUUAUUCAGGUGGUCCACAGUUAGUGAAAGCUUGUUUGCUACAACUGGCUAUCCUGGAAAAAUGUCAAGCCAGUUUCAAAUUCACCACUUAGGGCACCCUCAGCCCGUCCUCACUGGCUCUGUAGCUGUUGGAUCUGGUCUUUCCUGGCAUAGAACUCUCCCACUGUGUGCAAUUGGAGGAGACCACAAGCUGCUGUUUUGGGUGACUGAAAUUUAAAAUAAAAAUUCUCUGUACUUCUGGUCCAUAAAAUUUGUAUUUUUAGUACAGAUUUUGGAGAAUUCUUUAUUUUUAUAUUAAGUACACUAUUAUAAGAUUUAGAAAUGUCUCAUUUAUUGCUUUUGUUAAAUAAAAUAUUGAUAGUUUGAAA